AUGUGCAGCUAUAUAACUGAUGUUACUGGCAUGCUCUCGGAUAUCAUUGAGACUAGGGACUCCAUCAUCACCAUCACCAUGCGAAAGUAUCUGGCAGAAAAGUUUAGGCCAGUCUUCGCCAUGCUUCACCACCUUGAAGGUGUUUCUAAUCAAUCCUUUAAUCCGAAACAAGGGGGAGAAAGUGUGGCUGGUGGAUUAAAAAAAGAAGGACCUACAGCUCAUGUCAAGCCUAUUGUCAAGAACGAACCCAAAGGCGAGGAAAAGCUGUUCUGUGACGACCAAAUUAUUGAUAAUGAAGAUGAAGAGGAGCCUACUGAAGAAAAAGUGAAAAGACGAAAAGUUCGUGAAGCUGAACUGGAUGAGCACCAAUGA